AUGACUCUGCUUCCAUAAACUUCUCUCCCUCCCUCCCUCCCUCCCUCCCUCUGUUUCUCCCUCUCUCUCUCUCUUUCUCUCUGACAAAAAUGGUACAAUCAAAGAAGUUCAGAGGGGUCAGGCAACGCCACUGGGGCUCCUGGGUUUCUGAGAUUCGUCAUCCAUUACUGAAAAGAAGGGUAUGGCUUGGGACAUUUGAGACGGCUGAAGAGGCAGCAAAAGCUUAUGAUGAGGCAGCUAUUUUGAUGAGUGGUCGAAAUGCCAAAACAAACUUUCCAGUCCUCACAAAUGAAGUGUCCAAUGAUCAUAACAACAACAACAACAACAACUCUUCAUCAUCUUCUUCCUCAGCACUUUCAGCAAUCCUCAGUGCCAAGCUUCGCAAGUGCUGCAAGUCCCCAUCUCCUUCCCUCACUUGCCUGAGGCUUGAUACUGAGAAUUCCCACAUUGGAGUCUGGCAAAAGGGUGCGGGGCCGCGCUCUGAUUCGAACUGGCUGAUGAUGGUUGAGCUGGACCAGAAGGGUUUGCAACCACCCCAGCCAGAAACUAGCACCUCUGCUUUGGACACAGAGGAAAUGGCAGCAGGGCAGGAUGGUGGGGAUGAUAGGAUGGAUGACGAGGAAAGGGUUGCAUUGCAGAUGAUAGAGGAACUUCUGAACAGAAAUUGAUAAAAUUGGUACUUUUGGUGUAAUAUGGUAUAGUCCAAUCAACAUAUCACAUGGAGGUUGAUGACCAAAGUGUAUGAGGAAUUUCCAUGUGCUUAGCCUUGUCAAUUGAUGCAUUGGUAUUUGUUUGGUUUGAAGUUAGGAUUUGUUUCUUUUGUCAAUUAAUGCAUGACAUGUGUAAUAACACUUUCACGUGGCAUAGCAUUAUUGGUUAGGGAUAACAAAACAGUGCUAUUCUCAUUGCAACUAAGUUUUUCUCCUGCAGGACCUUCCAUAUAUAUAGUCUGUCACUUUAGAAACUAUUUGGUUGGUGUUAGAAAUAAGAAGAAAAAAAAAAAG